UUAUUUGCCUUCUUUCAAAUGGGUUUUAAAGCUGUUUAGCAUUCAGUUCGAGUUCGUCCGUGGCCGCAAACUGUGCUCUUCUCGAUUAAUAAUAAUUAACUAUGAGGAAAUUUACCGUCCUCUGUUUACUGUUGGUCUUCGCAGCAUAUGGCGCAACAGGCAUAGAUCUGAGCUGCCCUUUGUCCAGUAAGAUGACAACUUGUACUCCAAAAUGUAAGGACGACAGCGAAUGUUUUGGUCGCAAAUGUUGUUCCAAUAUUUGUAACACCAAGUCCUGUGUACCUGCAAACAUGAAGUUGGACAAUAGUGAUGGAUACAAAAACCAGAAUUCAAAAAGUGCUACUGGCAGUUAUUGCGGUAACGUGAAAUGUAACUCUUUCGAAAGAUGCGAACUAGACCGUACCACAAAACGUCAGAGAUGUGUCCGUCACUGAAAGUGACCUGGACCUACUAAGCAUUAGUAAAAGUUGAUGUUAUUCGAAGGUUUUAUAGUAGAGAAAAGUCAAACAUUUUAUAAUUGUCAGGUUAAAAACAUUUUAUUAUUUUUUGCGUCAAUUUAUCUAUUCUACAAACAGCCAAGAAUAAAAAUUAAAAGUAUAUGAAUAUCAUAUGGCAAUCGCUCGUGACCUUAAUGCGAGAUAUAGCUUUUUAUUUUGAAGGUUCUGCAGAGAUAUAUGUAUUUACUACGUGAAAGUAGUGUCAGUGUAUAUUAUUGCAAUUAUAUUCUUUUAACUUUGUGUUUAUACCUAUACCAAAUAAAAUAAAUAUAUUCAUUAUUA